UGACCCCGCGGAUUGGAGUAGGGACCGGCUGCUGAGCACCCGAGGCCCCGCCCUCCCUCCGGCCGCCCGCGGAAGAUUGGGGAUUACCGGCGGUGCCGGAGACCCCGGCUGUUGCGGCUCCAUAGGGGCCUUCCUUCCGGAAGUCUCUUUACUUCAGGAGCGGAAACGGAAGCGAAUUACGGGAGGGCCUCGUGCGGUAGCUUCUGCCCGGCCUCAUGGCGGUCCGAGCCUCCUUCGAGAACAACUGCGAAAUCGGCUGUUUCGCCAAGCUCACCAACACCUACUGCCUGGUGGCCAUCGGCGGCUCGGAAAACUUCUACAGCGUGUUUGAGGGCGAGCUUUCGGAGACCAUCCCCGUGGUCCACGCUUCCAUCGCCGGCUGCAGGAUCAUCGGUCGCAUGUGUGUGGGAAACCGACAUGGCCUUCUUGUGCCCAACAAUACUACAGACCAGGAACUACAGCAUAUCCGAAACAGUCUCCCUGACUCAGUGCAGAUUCGACGGGUAGAGGAGCGACUCUCAGCACUGGGCAAUGUUACCACCUGUAAUGACUACGUAGCUCUUGUUCACCCCGACCUAGACAGGGAGACAGAAGAAAUUCUAGCUGAUGUACUCAAGGUUGAAGUCUUCAGACAGACAGUAGCUGACCAAGUGCUAGUGGGAAGCUACUGUGUUUUCAGCAAUCAGGGAGGGCUAGUGCACCCAAAGACUUCUAUUGAGGACCAAGAUGAAUUGUCCUCUCUUCUCCAGGUUCCGCUGGUGGCUGGUACUGUGAACCGAGGAAGUGAGGUGAUUGCAGCUGGAAUGGUGGUCAACGACUGGUGUGCCUUCUGUGGGCUGGACACAACUAGCACAGAACUAUCAGUGGUAGAGAGCGUCUUCAAGCUUAAUGAAGCCCAACCUAGCACCAUUGCCACCAGCAUGCGAGAUUCCCUCAUUGACAGUUUAACCUGAGUGGGUACCUAUUACCCCUGCUGCUUGGCCUCUUGAAUAAGGAUUUUGGUUCCUGAUACAGCUCCAGUAUGGUGUGAGGCCCUGCAGAGAGAGUCUUAGCAUCUACGCUUUGGGGCCUGGACCAUAGGUGGUGGGAGUAUAACAAAGCUUCCAAGACUGAUGCUGAUGAUCUGUAGCUUCAUUUUUACUGUUUUAAAAAAAAAAAAAAAAAAAGAGCCCUUAAAUGAAUUCACCUUGGCUUUUUGACCUCCACUGUCCUUGUGCCCCAUUUCAUCAUUAAAAGGCACUUGGGCCCCUUGUUCUAUACUUUU